CAGGAGGAAAGACGUAGUAAAGAUUUAUUUGCCUAGAUUACUAUAAGCUUUCUCCCGGUUCUGUGCCGUGUGGAUCGACGCUCAGUGUGUGAAGGGGAAGCACUGCAUAGUAACAGGUUGGAGAUACUCCUUGGAGGAUCUGGGUUCUUCUUCGGUGGUGUUUUAAUGAGCUUGAUCAAACUGGUGGUAACAGAGGAAUGAAAUGCUUCUUUAGCUGCGAGGAAGGAAUCUAAAGAAGACUGCUUGUUGUUUCUCUUCUUGUCUAUUGAGGAUGUUUUCUUGUCAGACAAGUUGGCUCAGGUGAGCAGUACAAUACGUGGCUUCUCUGAAUGGGACUUUUACUUUCACAUACAGUUGACUUCAACAGUUGGAUUUUCUACUUCACAGUAGGCUACUAUGUGUUCAGUUUGAACAAGUUAGUGAGGGAAGUUAUUUUGUUAAGGUGAAAGUGUUAUAAUAGCUGUAAAGCUGAAGCCCCCAUAGUGUAUAUCAAAUGACUGUCAGUGUGUCAGCUUUACCUCAGUUAAGCAGCAGUUAAUUGUUUUCGGCCUCAUCCUUAUUACAUUUAAACGGUAGGCUACAACCUAUAACCUUACAACAGAACACUACUAGGUUACAGUAUGUCUCUAUAGGUAAAACAACACUACUAGGUUACAGUAUGUCUCUACAGGUAAAACAACACUACUAGGUUACAGUAUGUCUCUACAGGUAAAACAACACUACUAGGUUACAGUAUGUCUCUACAGGUAAAACAACACUACUAGGUUACAGAAUGUCUCUACAGGUAAAACAAUACUACCGGUAUCAAAAAAUCUGGCCUUAAUGGCCAUGUACUGUUAUAAUCUCCACCCGGCACAGCCAGAAGGCCACCCCUCAGAGCCUGGUUCCUCUAGGGAGUUUUUCCUAGCCACCGUGCUUCUACAUCUGCAUUGCUUGCUUUUGGGUGUUUUAGGCUGGGUUUCUGUAUAGCACUUUGUGACAUCUGCUGAUGUAAAAAGGGCUUUAUAAAUACAAUUUGAUUGAUUGAAGUAGUAGAAAUAACUGGAGAAGUGUCCUUACAGCGCUGAAGUAGUAGAAAUAACUGGAGAAGUGUCCUUACAGCGCUGAAGUAGUAGAUAUAACUGGAGAAGUGUCCUUACAGCGCUGAAGUAGUAGAAAUAACUGGAGAAGUGUCCUUACAGCGCUGAAGUAGUAGAAAUAACUGGAGAAGUGUCCCUACAGUGCUGAAAUAGAAAUAACUGGAGAAGUGUCCCUACAGCGCUGAAAUAUAAAUAACUGGAGAAGUGUCCCUACUGUGGUGAAGUACAAAUAACUGGAGAAGUGUCCCUACAGCGCUGAAGUAGUACAAAUAACUGGAGAAGUGUCCCUACAGCGCUGAAAUAGUACAAAUAACUGGAGGUGUCUUUACAGCACAGUGUUUUCCAUUUGUGUCCUAUGAUCUCGACGUAUGCAGACUGCUGAAAAACUGUAACACUAUGUAUGGGGCUAUGUGUGUUUAAAGUAUGGGGCUAUGUGUGUUUAACGUAUGGGGCUAUGUGUGUUUAACGUAUGGGGCUAUGUGUGUUUAACGUAUGGGGCUAUGUCUGGUAUUUGUGGAGUUGACAGUUUUAGGGUAUCAGUUAUCCUCACCUAGGCCCAGGGCCUAAAAUUAACACCUGCCACCUGCCGAACGUGGGUAGAUUUUGUCAUUGGCGGGAAAGAAUGUGUAAUUCACCAGCCACGUUGGCAGGUGGCAACACUCCAGGCUCUACAGUGUGGGCAUUUAAUACAAAUAUUAAAGUACGGGCCCAAGUGAGAGUUGUGAUCUAUAGCUAAAUAAAUGCUGCAGUAGCUGUUUUCAAACUAUUAAUGCUGUUUUGUUUCAUAUCUGGCUGACUGUACCGUCUUCUGUCUGUCUGGGUCCUCUUCAUACCCUGUGUGUGUCUGUCUGACUGUACCGUGUUCUGUCUGUCUGUGUCCUCUCCAUACCCUGUGUGUGUCUGUCUGACUGUACCGUGUUCUGUCUGUCUGUGUCCUCUCCAUACCCUGUGUGUGUCUGUCUGACUGUACCGUGUUCUGUCUGUCUGUGUCCUCUCCAUACCCUGUGUGUGUCUGUCUGACUGUACCGUGUUCUGUCUGUCUGUGUCCUCUCCAUACCCUGUGUGUGUCUGUCUGACUGUACCGUGUUCUGUCUGUCUGUGUCCUCUCCAUACCCUGUGUGUGUCUGUCUGACUGUACCGUGUUCUGUCUGUCUGUGUCCUCUCCAUACCCUGUGUGUGUCUGUCUGACUGUACCGUGUUCUGUCUGUCUGUGUCCUCUCCAUACCCUGUGUGUGUAGUUUGAUAGAAUAAAGUUUUACCAAACGCGCUUCAGCCCAGCUAGAACAAAAAAUGAAAUUAUGUGCUGAACUGAGUGACUAGUGAUAGUAGAAAGUAGGUUGAAGUGUGUGUGUGUGUGUGUGUGUGUGUGUGUGUGUGUGUGUAGUUUGACUGUUAGUCCCGCUGACUCUCUCUGUCUCUCCUCUGUCUCUGCAGCGCUGCACUCAGGCCGGCCAGUCGUUGAUGGAGUUCUUGCAGGGGAGCGGUGACUACUGCCACGCCCAACAUCUUAGCGCUUGAGCCCCCCCGGGGGCAGGAUGGCCCUGCUGCCCUGCUGCACCUCCCACCCCUGAAUGCCCACAGCCAGGUCGCCCUCCCCACCCAGACCCAACCACCCCCACACUGACUGUAGACUGACCGACGGACGGCAGAACCACUAACUCACCAGAUGGGGUAGUGAGUGUCGGUGACCAAGGGCAGUGUAAGCUAACGGACAGCUACCUCUUCACCCUCUCCAACCCCCCACUCUAUUCCCACCAGCCUGAGACACCCUGGACAGGAGAGACUUGAGAGGACCUUGUAAAGUCCUCCUGAGGUGGGGUGUUGUUGCUGGGGUUUGUUCCUCAACCUCAGAGAGACUAGCAGGGUUGACCUGUUGGUGGCCUGCCUGCCUGCCUGCCUGGCUUCCUGCCUGCUGUGUCAGGACAGUGUACUGUAGCUGGUGGGCUGGGGACUCCUCUGUCAGGGUGGGUGCGGGCGUCUGGGUCUGGGUCGGCAUCGUGGCGUCUUCUCCUGAGAGUGGGAUCCUCAGUGUGUCCAGGAUGAACCGGCCGGCCCCCCCCGUCGAGGUCUGCUACAAGAACAUGAGGUUCCUCAUCACACACAACCCCACUAACGCCACCCUCAGCACCUUCAUCGAGGUGAGACAGAGAGGAAUCUUCCAGACUGUUCUGGCUCUCGGCUGUCUAAUCCUGCUGGGUUAGAAGUGGCACCUAGAUAACUGAUCUAAGAUCAGUUUACUCCUCCUACCCCUUCGGGUUCACACUGCAUGUUCUUAGCCCAGGGCUAAGCUUAAUGAAUAUUCAAAUUAGGUGACAAUGGAAAUAUGGUGACAAUGAAUGGAAUUAGGUGACAUUAAAUAUUCAAAUUAGGUGACAAUAGAAAUCUGUGAUUGGUUAACCCUGAAAACCUGGUUCUAAGAACACCGUGUGAGUCUCUCAGGGAAAACAGAACUGACACUAGAUCAGCGUCUAGGGAAAACGUCAUCCUACUCUGUCUAAUAGGUAUUACUACUGUAGCUAGCUGUGUCAUGUGACAGGGCUGUUAUCAAUCUAAUUGGUAUUACUACUGUAGCUAGCUGUGUCAUGUGACAGGGCUGUUACCAAAUCAAUCUAAUUGGUAUUACUACUGUAGCUAGCUGUGUCAUGUGACAGGGCUGUUACCAAAUCAAUCUAAUUGGUAUUACUACUGUAGCUAGCUGUGUCAUGUGACAGGGCUGUUACCAAAUCAAUCUAAUUGGUAUUACUACUGUAGCUAGCUGUGUCAUGUGACAGGGCUGUUACCAAAUCAAUCUAAUUGGUAUUACUACUGUAGCUAGCUGUGUCAUGUGACAGGGCUGUUACCAAAUCAAUCUAAUUGGUAUUACUACUGUAGCUAGCUGUGUCAUGUGACAGGGCUGUUACCAAAUCAAUCUAAUUGGUAUUACUACUGUAGCUAGCUGUGUCAUGUGACAGGGCUGUUACCAAAUCAAUCUAAUAGGUAUUACUACUGUAGCUAGCUGUGUCAUGUGACAGGGCUGUUACCAAAUCAAUCUAAUAGGUAUUACUACUGUAGCUAGCUGUGUCAUGUGACAGGGCUGUUACCAAAUCAAUCUAAUAGGUAUUACUACUGUAGCUAGCUGUGUCAUGUGACAGGGCUGUUACCAAAUCAAUCUAAUUGGUAUUACUACUGUAGCUAGCUGUGUCAUGUGACAGGGCUGUUACCAAAUCAAUCUAAUAGGUAUUACUACUGUAGCUAGCUGUGUCAUGUGACAGGGCUGUUACCAAAUCAAUCUAAUAGGUAUUACUACUGUAGCUAGCUGUGUCAUGUGACAGGGCUGUUACCAAAUCAAUCUAAUUGGUAUUACUACUGUAGCUAGCUGUGUCAUGUGACAGGGCUGUUACCAAAUCAAUCUAAUUGGUAUUACUACUGUAGCUAGCUGUGUCAUGUGACAGGGCUGUUACCAAAUCAAUCUAAUUGGUAUUACUACUGUAGCUAGCUGUGUCAUGUGACAGGGCUGUUACCAAAUCAAUCUAAUUGGUAUUACUACUGUAGCUAGCUGUGUCAUGUGACAGGGCUGUUACCAAAUCAAUCUAAUUGGUAUUACUACUGUAGCUAGCUGUGUCAUGUGACAGGCCUGGUACCUCUUUACACAACAGCACUGGCUAGGUCAGGGGUGUCAAGCUCAUUUUAGCUCAGGGGCCACAUGGAGGAGAAUCUAUUCCCAAGUGGGCCGGACCGGUAAAAUCAUGGUAUAUAUAACUUAAAAACAACAACUUCAAAUUGUUUUCUUUGUUUUAAUACUAUCAACAUAAAACAUAAAGCUGGAGCCUGAGGACAGUGUGUCCAAAAUAGUACAAGCACAACAUCACUAUUAAUCAUAAAACACCUCAAGUUUAUUUGAAAAUUCUAAAGAAAAAACACACAAACACACAAUGCCUCAGUGAUUCACAUAACUGUUUCACAGAUCACAGAACUAUAUCAGGGUGUCAUUUCUCAGGCAGAAAUGUAGAUACAAAUAAUGAAAUCCUGUUCCCCAAACAAGUGCAAGAACCACAGAGUCAAGAAUAGGUUAAAUAUACAAAUAAAAUAAAAACAAUUAAAAACAAUAGCACAUCAACAUAAAAACAUAUAAACAUAAAGCUGGAGCCUGAGGACAGUGUGUCCAAAACCACAACAUCACUAUUAAUCAUAAAACACCUCAAGUUAUUUGAAAUUCUGAGGACAAACAACACACAAACACACAAUGCCUCAGUGAUUCACAGAAGUAUAUCACAGAUCACAGAACUAUAUCAGGGUGUCUCAUGCAGCACUUUAAGUGGGGUUGCAUAGUUUAUUUGACUCCUGAUACCUGGCAUCUUUUAGCUUUCACCAGCGCAUCAAUAUCAGGCGUCACAUCCUGAGUGGCAGCCAACUUCAGGAUGUGAUUCAAGUGCUUGUGCGUGAGCCUUGAGCGCAGCUUUGUUUUAUUUAUGCUCAUUACAGAGAACUUGCUCACAAAGAUAUGUGGUUCCAAACAUGCACAACCGUUUUGCAGCGAGGGCUGUCAAGUUGGGGUAACCUGGCAAGAGAUUCUGAUAAAAUGUGUCCAAGCCAGCUGCGGCAAAUUUGCCCUUCAAAUCCGAGUCACACUGCAAGUCUAUUAUUUCAAGUUGGAUGCUGACGGGCAGAUCAGAGGGAUUCACGGUGAAUGGCGAACAAAAAACUUUGAAGUCUUUCUCCAGUUCACCAAAAAUCUGAAAGCGUUGCUCAAACUCCCUUAACAGUCCCGUUAUUUUAUCUUUGAACCGCUUCAUGUCUGCCACAUGUUGGGUCGCGCACACAUUUUUCAGACAGGGGAAGUGAGCUGCAUCACCACCGGCGAGUUGCGUCUCCCACAAUGACAGCUUCAACUUGAAAGAAUGUAUUUUACAUUUACAUUUUAGUCAUUUAGCAGACGCUCUUAUCCAGAGCGACUUACAGUUAGUGAAUACAUCUUUUUUUUUUUUUUUAUACUGGCCCCCCGUGGGAAUCAAACCCACAACCCUGGCGUUGCAAACGCCAUGCUCUACCAACUGAGCUACAUCCCUGCCGGCCAUUCCCUCCCCUACCCUGGACGACGCUGGACCAAUUGUGCGCCGCCCAUGAGUCUCCCGGUCGCGGCCGGCUGCGACAGAGCCUGGAUUCGAACCAGGAUCUCUAGUGGCACAGUUAGCACUGCGAUGCAGUGCCUUAGACCACUGCGCCACUCAGGAGUAUGCUGUCAUAAUGCUGUCAUAAUACUGUCAUAAUACUGCGUGGCAACUUUGUUGCGCCCUUGCAGCUGUUUGUUCAAGUUAUUCAGGUGCUCUGUAACAUCCACCAUAAAUGCAAGGUCCUCCAUCCAUUCUGCGGAAUUAAAUUCUAACACUGGUUUGCCCUUUUCUUCCAUGAACUGUUCAAUUUCUUCUCGUAAAUCAAAGAAACGCCUCAGCACAGCACCUCGGCUUAACCAUCUUACCUCAGUGUGGUAUGGCAGGCCAUAGAUGUGGUCUUUCUCUCUGAGAAGGCUGUCAAACUGACGGUGAUUCAAGCUUCUGGAUCGGAUGAAAUUAACAGUUUGGAUGACCACCUUCAUGACGUUAUCCAUCUUUAAUGACUUGCAACACAAAGCCUCCUGGUGCAAAAUACAGUGAAAAGUCCAAAAAUCACGUCCUCCAUUUGCAGAUUGCACUUUCUCUCUGAACUUUGUCACAACGCCUGCUUUUUUCCCGAUAAUUGAGGGCGCACCAUCUGUAGCCAGGCUGACAGCGCGGGACCAGUCCACUCCGACCCUGUCCAGCGCGCCGACGAGUGCAGUGAAAAUAUCAGCUGCUGUCGUUGUAUCUGUCAUCGGCACCAACUCCGUGGAUGAAAAUGGCCAGUUGUACAACAUCUGUAAUGUCCGUGCUUUCAUCAAUUGCAACCGAAAACGCAAUAAAUGACUUUACUUUUUGCUUCAACUUGCUGUCCAAAUCCACUGAAAGAUCGGAAAUCCUGUCUGCAACUGUGUUUCUUGUCAGGCUGAUAUUUGCAAAAGCCUGGUGCUUUUCAGGGCACACAAUCUCUGCUGCCUUCAUCAUGCAUGUUUUUACAAAUUCACCCUCACUAAAUGGUUUUGAAGCCACUGCGAUUUCAUUAGCAAUGAGGUAGCUAGCUUUCACUGCAGCGUCACUGAUGUCUCGGCUGUGAGUAAACACAGACUGCUGUUUCUUCAGACCCACCAACAGUUCAUUCACCUUCUCUCUUCUCUGCUGUCCUUGAAAGUUGUCAUAUUUGUCGGCAUGAAGACUUACAUAGUGGCGACGAAGGUUAUAUUCUUUCAGCACUGCAACAUGCUGUGAACACACCAAACAUACAGCUUUCCCAUUCAAUUCCGUGAAUAAAUAGAAGGAUGACAAUUUUUCUUGGAACACUCUGCACUCUGCGUCCACUUUUCUCUUUUUUGACAGAGACAACGGGCCGGACGUUUGACACCCCUGGGCUAGGUGAAGCCUUACAAGAACACCUUGAUAAAAUGAAUUCAGAACAGUCAGGGUCUGAGUCCCAAUUGACACCCUAUUCCCUCUAUAGUGGACUACUUUUGAACAGGGCCCAUUGUCAAAACCUCCAACAUAUGAAUGUGUUCAUGAAUGGUUUUAAUGAAGUUACCAGUAGAUGGAUGGAUGGACAGGACACUAUCCCAUCCCUUGUAUUAGCCACACCAUUUAUAUCAAGUUCUAUGGACAGAAUGUAGAUAGCAGCAACAAAGAUUUAUAGCAAGCACACUCUAAAGAGAAAUGGCACAAACAGACCAUAUACAGAUGUUAAUUGACAGAAAUAUGGUUUGAAUGGUUUCCCCCCCUCCCUCUUGUAGGAUCUGAAGCAGUAUGGUGCAACAACAGUGGUCCGGGUGUGUGAGGUCACCUACGACAAGACACCACUGGAGAAGGAUGGUAUCACAGUCAUGGUGAGUGAAGAUACACACACACACACACACACACACACACACACACACAGGAUCUCUCUUCACUUCUCUUCUCUACUCUCUCUCACAAGGGUCGUAUUCACUAGGAACCAAACGGAAGCAAAACAGUCUGAAACGAGGGGGACCUACCUGAAUUUGUCCAAUGAGAAAACCUUUUUCUGUUGCAAGACGUUUUGCUACGGUGCCAAACGUUUUGGUACACUGUGCAUUAAUGAAUACGACCCUGGUGGUGUUCAGUAGGUACAAAAUGAGGGGAAACGUAGCCUACUGCUACCUGAACUGGUCCAUUGAGACUAGCCUACUGCUACCUGAACUGGUCCAUUGAGACUAGCCUACUGCUACCUGAACUAGUCCAUUGAGAGAAGCCUACUCGCUUUUGUUUUCCGUCCGUUUCAAAAUAUUUUCUCCAGUUUGUUCCUACUGAACGUGACCCUGUUUCCCCACUCUGCCCUGUGGAGGAUGUCAUUCAUGAUCUCACCCUGCUGCACAUGUGUUGGAGUAGAGGAAACACUAUCUCCUGCCCUGAACACACUAGCACACACACACACACAUCUGGCUCAGCGUCAAGGUUUACCUCAUUGUUUACUCCUCUCGUCUCCCCCCUUCCUCUUCUCACCUCUCUCUUCUCCCUCCUUCCUCUCCUCUCAUCCCCCUUCCUCUCCUCUCCUCUCCUCUCCUCCCCCUUCCUCUCCUCUCCUCUCCUUCCUCUCCUCCUCCCCCUUCCUCUCCUCUCCUCCCCUUCCUCUCCUUUCCUUCCCCUUCCUCUCCUUUCCUCCCCCUUCCUCUUCUCUCCCUUCUUCUCCUCCCCCCUCCUCUCUCUCUCUCUCUCACCUCAGCAUGCAGCCCAAACACAGCCCCACCAUGUCUUCCGGUAGCUUCGCCACUUUAAUGAACAGCCAGUCACAGGGAAAGGCUAACCUCCUGAGAUCAUCUCAGGUUGUUAGGGCUGUUUUGGCAGCGGGUAGCGGCAAUGUUCCCCUGGCAAGGUGGGGGGUAGCUUGUCGACCGCUGGUUCUACAGGGAGAACUCAUGAGUAGCAGCAGGAGGAAUUGUAACACACACACAUCAGGCUGAGGAAUCGUAGCACCCCUCCUUACACAUCCCCUCCUGCUCUCUCAGCUUUUCCCCCCGUGCUGUGAAGCCUUUACAAGCCUUCACAGGGAGAACCCCCCCCCCACAUCCCCACCCCCUCACUUCCCCCUCUCCACCCCCUCACCUCCCCACCAAGCCUCUGUCAGUCCAACAUCUGAGACCCUGCUCUCCCUCUUGGCCUGUCAACAUUGGGUUGCCAUGGGAUCUGCAGUGUCUCUAGCCUCUCUCUCUGCUUCUCCCUCUCCUCUCCUCUCCUCUCCUCUCCUCUCCUCUCCUCUCCUCUCCUCUCCUCUCCUCUCCUCUCCUCUCCUCUCCUCUCCUCUCCUCUCCUCUCUUUCUCUCUCUCUGACUAAAUAACGUUGUUGGGAGCAUAGAGUACCCUCUCGGAGGAGGGGUAGCAUCAGAUGAGAAGAAUGUAGGGAUGGGGAGAUAGCUUGAAGUCAGGGUUAUAUCAGGCCCUUAGCUACCCUCUCCCUGUUGUGUUAUCAGACGGACACGGUCACACAGAGUCCUCUCUCUUCUCUUCCCUGUGUGAGAGAGAGCCUUGUAUCCUGGCUGACUGAGUCUGGCUCUGGUCAAAGGUAGUGCACUAUGUAGGGAACAGGGUGCCAUUUGGGACGCACCCUUAUACACUGGCUGGCUGACUGUGACUGUGUCAGUGCCUCUGCUUCAAUAGUAGCACAGCAGAGAGCACAGAUAAAUGAAGAUUAGCCACCAGCUGAGAGAGACUGGCUGGCAGGUGAAACUAGUUCACUGUUGUUCCCUUCCACAUCUCCCUGAACUCCAGAUGGAAACCAUGUUGUUGUUGUUGUCUGUCUCAUUCAGCACGCUGUGUAAUGUGCUGCACGGUCUGUCUGUCUGGCAUGGAUGGUGAUGGUUAUUUAUUGGCAUUAUACGGUGAAAUGUUACUCCCACACACACUGCUUUAGCACAUUAGUUUAUUCUUACCUGUAUAUCAGUAAUAGUGGGGGUAUAUUUGAAGGCCAUAUAUAACCGUAAUAACAGUGGCAUGUACCAGAGGUGCAUCCAUCCACCUUGUGACUGUCUUAACAUAGGCCAUCCUCUGUAUCAUGUGAUAACAUUCAUCUAGCUGAUAUAAAGGGAUUGUGGACUCAUUCAGGUAGUGUCCCAAAUGGCACCCUAUUUCCUAUAUAGUGCACUACUUUUGACCAGAACUGUAUGGGCCCUAAUCAUAAAUAGUGCACUGCACUAUAAAGGGAAUAGGGUGCCAGAUUUGAGACGUAGACUCUGCCAAACGUCUCACUCCCUGCCGUACAAGAGUCAAGUUGCAGAGGCGGAGGGAUACCAUGGUGACAGGGUCUGUUCUGGGGGUUCCGAGAAAUGGCCCAAGACGUUCUUCGGCCACAAUUAAAACUCUCCCUCCACCACCAAGCUCUUGUCACUAGCUCUGGGCUGCGUUGGAAUGGGCUUCACAACAUUAAUAGCUUACUGUUAACCUCUUAGUGGAUUUAAAUGUUAUUUUUUAACCACAUCCUCUCUACAGUCUAAGAUUCUAUUAGGGAGAGGUUUACUCUAAAGGUUGUCACAGCAGGUUCACCCACUAUGCAGUUCUGUGGCAUCAAAACAGACAUGCAAAUAGGCAUUUCUGCAUCAUCUGUGUUAUGGUGACUUUUACAUAUCUUGUUGUCCAUAACUUCUUUCGACAUCCAUAGCAGGAAGCAGAGCAAUUCAAAGCAUUUCAGGUGAGGUUAGGGUCAGGCCGUGCAGUGUACAGGAUUGAUGUCAUACCUGUAACACUGAAGAGAGAGAAGAAUGGACCCUGUUGUGGGUUUUGCCUGUGUGUUACUGUGUGCGUCCCAAAUUGCGCCCUAAUAUCCUAUAUAUUGCCCUACUUUGUACCAGAAUCCUAUGGGCUCUGGUAGGGCUGUGACGAUAACAGUAUCGCAAUAUUUAUUUCCAUGGCAAAAACUAAAACACGAAGCAGACCGAACUCUUUGGUCCUUAAACCUGCUGUAUGUAAAAUAUUGUGUGCUGUAGUUUGGAAAAUAAAUAAAUGUGACUCUUGAUGACAACAUGAUGAUGUUUCCAACAUUAGGGCUGUUACAUCCGCUUCAUGUUUUGUUUCCUUCCACGAUGCUAAUGAGUAUCGCGAUACUGGUACGUCCCGGCCCUAGUCUCUGGGUCCUAUGGCCCAUUUGGGACGCAGCCUGCAGUGUCCAUGUUGAAUGCCACUAGCCCCAGUGUAGAGUUAAUUCCCACCCACCACUCCUGUUGUUGCCUCACUGGAGAUGAUCUGAAGAAACACCGCUAGGAAACACUGACGGACACUGGCAAGACAUUUUCAAUGGAUAAAAGUCUCUGUACAUGCUCUGUAAUCUGGCAUUCAUAGAACAUUCCUAGAAGUACUGGUACUAAACCAGGAUUAGAUCAUCCUGUUAGUGGUACUAAACCAGGAUUAGAUCAUCCUGUUAGUGGUACUAAACCAGGAUUAGAUCAUCCUGUUAGUGGUACUAAACCAGGAUUAGAUCAUCCUGUUACUGGUACUAAACCAGGAUUAGAUCAUCCUUUUCAUCCUGUAGUAUCAGUUCUUCAGAUCAUUUUUGCAACUAUAAUCAAAAGCAGUAUGUUUUACUUUGUUUUGGAUGAGAAAGUCCCAGUUGCACCCUUCUAUUCAUGGUAGUAUGAAAUGGUGAUUGUCAUCAUAACACCCUUCCCAGCCUGGCCUGUGAACCACCGGCUCUGCUGUGCCCCAAGGGCUUUGGAAGGGAGCUGUUGCCUUGGUAAUGCAUUGUCAUCAAACACAGGGGGAGCAGGUAUGGUGUUGUUGGAAGUCCCACUCCACUAGAAGAUAAGAGGUGUGUGUGUGUGUGUGUGUGUCUCUAGUGUGCCUGAUCCCUCCUAGAUACCCAUGGUUUCUGCUUUAAGCCUUCAUCUGUCAAAUGGAGGAGUCAAACAGCUCAGUUGAGCAUCCUUGAUGCUGUAUGGUGCGUUAGGCCUAUAUCUGACCUUGUGAUGGAUUUCUUAACUAAUCUACUAUCAUUGUCUAAUCCUUCAAUGAAAUAAUAUUUGUCAUUAUAGAGGAUGAUAGGCCAACAUGGCAAGAAAAAUACAUUGAAUCCAACCGACUAUCUGGUUAAUUUACACUACCCCAAACCCAUCAAAAGAUGUACUCAAACAGUCACCAGAUAUCUGUUCUCUGUUGUGGUUUUGCACCAACUACAAACAAACCCCUUAUAGUGUGUCUGGGUUGACAGCAGGUUUUCCUGAAGCUGUUGUUGCUGAUGGAACAGGACCUGCGUCCCAAAUGGCACCCUAUUCCCUACAUAGUGCACUACUUUUUGACCAGAGCCCUAUGGUAGUGCACUAUAUAGGGAAUAAUAGGAUGCCAUUUGAGAUUAAUCUAGGCCCUCAGAAACCGCCGGUCGCUGACUGAAUGUUCCCACUGUGUUUGGAUGGGAGGUGCUUGUUGAGAUAGCAGGAACAGUGAAUACUGUAGGAAGGACACAGGACAGUAUGUUGUCUGUGGUGGCAGUUGUCUCAUGUUGUGAGUCAUGUCUGGAUGACUGAGGAUGGUACACUCUGCUCUCCUCCUGUUGUGUGGGUACAGAUGUCUCAUUUACAGUGUGCAGGGACUUGGAACCAGUUGUUUCAGACAUGCAGCGGUUCACAAUCCCCUUUAAGACAUUCACCCUCAGUAGGGGAUAUUGCUUUGUCUGGUUCCUCAGUUUUCAGUAGGCAGGAGUGCAUUGUAGUGCUACUCUGUCUCCCUCAGUGCCAAUGCUAAUCAGCUGUUUCUGUCAGAGACAGUACUGUACUGUUUACGAUGUGUGGUGCCGAAGACCAAUUUCCACAUUGUGUGGACAAUUAAAUUUUUUCUAAUGCAAAUGUAUUUUGUAUUUUCCAGGACUGGGCCUUUGAUGACGGUGCCCCUCCUCCCACUAAGAUCGUAGAUGAUUGGCUGAACCUGCUGAAGAGCAAGUUCUGUGAGGACCCUGGCUGCUGCGUGGCAGUACACUGUGUAGCCGGGCUGGGACGGUACGGAACAUUACUACUCUUCUAUUGUAGGGUUCUGAUGGGGUAAGACAGUUGAACCAAGCUCACGAGGCUGCUGUGUCACCCUGUGUCUGUCACCCCCACUGUGACGGCAACAGUCCCAACAGCCAUCAGUCUCUCGUCUUCUACAGCCUGACCAGGACCCUCUCUCUGCACGCAGGCAGACCCAAGCCAAAGUCAACUGUUAGCCAAGGGACACUCCUUCACAACUAAUCCACCGUUUAUUAUUCAAAGCACAGAGGUUGAGGUCUGAACAACGUUGAAGCAGCAUUUAUUUGUAUUGUGUCUCUAAAUGUAUCCUCUCAGAUUGAAUCUCCACUAGCUAGCUCACCAGAGUCAAACAGCUCUGGCCAAAAGUAGUGCGCUAUGUAGGGAAUAGGGUGCCAUUUGGGACGUUACCAGUUGUCUUGUCAAAUGUCAGUUAGCUGUAUUAUGGUUGCCCAUGCCCAGACCUGUACUGUAUGUUCUAUAGUUUAGCCUCUUGACUCCCAUUUGGCAUGCCAUACAUUAGUCAUUAUGUUUGGCAUGCUAACCAACAUAACAGAGGAGUUGACUAAACAGAAGCACAAACUGAUCUGGUUACCAGGCUCAUUUUAGCUCUGUCCUGUCCUGUCUGGUGUUCCUUCAGGUCUUCUCUAUGGCAGAGGAGAGACAGCGAGUCACAUCUGUACUGAUGGAAUAUUAGCUAGCUAGUAGAGGAGAAAGCUUAGGAUGCGUCUCAAAUGGCACCCUAUUCCCUACAUAGUGCACUACUUUUGACCCUGUGGGAAAUAGGGAGCCAUUUGGGAUGCGCACUUAAACCAGGUCAAACCAGGCUGUUGGUACUAAUAAUGGUUGAGCUCAUUGGUAGGAAGCUGAAGGAGUCCCUCUUCCUCUCCCCUCCCCUCCCCUCCCAUCCCUGGGUAAGCUGAAGGAGCCCCCCCAGCCCCCUGUUCUCCCCAGCCCCUCCCCUCCCCGGGUAAGCUGAAUGAGCCCCCCAGCCUCCCCUCUUCCCCUCCCCUCCCUGGGUAAGCUGAAGGAGCCCCCCAGCCCCUGACCCCCCCAGCCUCCCCUCCCUGGGUUGGUGAAGCACCGUCUUAAGUCUCCCGAGUGGCGCAGUGGUCUAAGGCAAUGCAUCGCAGUGCUAGCUGUGCCACUAGAGAUCCUGGUUCGAAUCCAGGCUCUGUCGUAGCCGGCCGCGACCGGGAGAUCCAUGGGGCGGCGCACAAUUGGCCCAGGGUAGGGGAUGGAAUGGCUGGCAGGGAUGUAGCUCAGUUGGUAGAGCAUGGCGUUUGCAACGCCAGGGUUGUGGGUUCGAUUCCCACGGGGGGCCAGUAUGAAAAGUAAAAUACAAAUAAUAAUGUAUGCAUUAACUGUAACUCGCUCUGGAUAAGAGCGUCUGCUAAAUGACUAAAAAUGUAAAAAUGUCUAUCUCUGACGUACUGGAGACCUCCUCUGGGACUCUGUGGUUUUUGACAGGGCGCCAAUGUUUGCUUUACUCCAAACUGUUUGUUGUCCUGUUAAUCAGCUGAGAGUCUUUGGGUUUCAGCUGGUACCUCUGCAACAUCUAAGUGCUCUGGGGGCUGACAUGGUCUGACAGGGUAGAGUUAGAUAGAUGAAUAUAUUUGAAUGUCUCAUGUCCAUGUCCAGGCAGGCACCUCAUCUGUUACAAUGAUUCCUAGAAAUCCAGUGUUUGUGUUAGUGGUGUUAUACUCUCCAGCUUUCUAUUUCCAGACUGACUAACAGUAACCACAGCAACAACCCAUAUAAGGCUAGAAAAGGGAACGUGGGCUACAGCGUUCCAUAAUGAUUUGUUACCUGUAAAUAUUAGUGCCCAUAUCAUGGCGAAAUACAGCACAAACAACUAGUUCCAGCUCUCAACCCGCAGCAAGGCUUUCCUUUGUCCAAACCAGAAUCCUCCUGCCUUUAACUCCAAUCCCUGGGACCUGGCUGUGUUGUGACAACACGUUGCUUGGGGCAUAACAGGAACUAAUGGAUGUCUUUAAUUCCCAGUAUUACUAUGUGAAUGCUGUUUCUAAGUCCCAGUAUUAGUAGCAGCAUGACUGUGUCUUUAAGUCCCAGUAUUAGUAGCAGCAUGACUGUGUCUUUAAGUCCCAGUAUUAGUAGCAGCAUGACUGUGUCUUUAAGUCCCAGUAUUAGUAGCAGCAUGACUGUGUCUUUAAGUCCCAGUAUUAGUAGCAGCAUGACUGUGUCUUUAAGUCCCAGUAUUAGUAGCAGCAUGACUGUGUCUUUAAGUCCCAGUAUUAGUAGCAGCAGACUGUGUCUUUAAGUCCCAGUAUUAGUAGCAGCAGACUGUGUUUAAGUCCCAAUUAUUAGCAGCAUGACUGUGUCUUUAGUCCCAGUAUUAGAGCAGCAUGUGACUGUGGUCUUUAAGUCCCCAGUAUUAGUAGCAGCAUGACUGUGUCUUUAAGUCCCAGUAUUAGUAGCAGCAUGACUGUGUCUUUAAGUCCCAGUAUUAGUAGCAGCAUGACUGUGUCUUUAAGUCCCAGUAUUAGUAGCAGCAUGACUGUGUCUUUAAGUCCCAGUAUUAGUAGCAGCACGUGAAGGCUUUUUCUUUGUGUUUCUCCCUCCAGGGCUCCUGUGCUGGUGGCUCUGGCUCUGAUCGAGGGUGGGAUGAAGUAUGAGGAGGCAGUUCAGUUCAUCAGGCAGUAUGUAUACCUCACCUCCAGGUUCAGUUCAUCAGGCAGCAUGUACACCUCACCUCCAGGUUCAGUUCAUCAGGCAGUAUGUACACCUCACCUCCAGGUUCAGUUCAUCAGGCAGCAUGUACACCUCACCUCCAGGUUCAGUUCAUCAGGCAGCAUGUACACCUCACCUCCAGGUUCAGUUCAGUUCAUCAGGCAGCAUGUACACCUCACCUCCAGGUUCAGUUCAUCAGGCAGCAUGUACACCUCACCUCCAGGUUCAGUUCAUCAGGCAGCAUGUACACCUCACCUCCAGGUUCAGUUCAGUUCAUCAGGCAGCAUGUAUACCUCACCUUCCGUCUCUUUAUGUUUUUAAGGAGAGUGGAAGUCCACUCAACCUUUAGUGUUGUUCAUGUUUCAUCUGACAGCUGUAGACAUCAUGACAAGGGAUAAUUAGGAGGGAAGGUGGAGAUGGGGAUUAAACCAGUCUCCAGUGAGGAGGCCUACGUGGCUUGAGCCGGGAGAGUCAUUCACUCAACCAGGGCUCUGCACACAUCUGGAUUCUUCUGACACUCAUAGGCUUUACAUUAUGGGUCGGGUUCUCUGGAAAAAUAUCAAGCCUACUGCCUUCUCGGACUGAGCACCAUGCUCAGUGGAGAAUCUCAAUUUAAAGUGCUUUUUAGUCCAGAAUAAAUAGGCUUCAUCUGGAUCCGGUAAAUCGUCCCAAAGUGAAUUAUAAAUGUGACUUUACAUGACGGCCCUUAUAUAUAGCGAAGCUAUCCAUGUUAGCAUUGUGGUGUAGGGCUAAAAUGUCAAGCUGUUUAACUUCAAGUAUAAUAUACGAAAUGAACAAUCAGUCUUGAUGAGUCUAGUCCCUAAAUGGUGCACUACUUUUGACCAGAGCCCUAUGGGAACCUUAUUCACUAUAUAGUGCACUGCUUUUGGCCAGAGCCCUUUGGGUACACUGUGGGCACUGGUCAGAGUUAGUGAAUAGGGUGCCAGUUGGGACAGAACAAUGAUUCCUGUAGGGAGUAACAAUAGACCUGUCUUUCUCUGUCUCAGGAAGCGCAGGGGAGCGAUCAACAGCAAGCAGCUGACCUACCUGGAGAAAUACCGCUCCAGACAGAGACUACGCUUCAAAGACCCUCACAAACACAAGAACAAGUGCUGCGUGAUGUGA